AUGUCUACUGUCGACUCCUCUCGCUUUCGGCCAACCACGCCACCGCGUCUUACUCUUGAGGAAUACAUCGACGCUGGACAUAGUCGUCAUGCCUCCAACUCUUCUGUCUAUUCAAGCGAGUCAUCUCCCUGGUCCACUGUGACUGGAAAUACCAGUCCCACUACAUCACCAACUAGACAUCACCAUGGUCCAAAGUUAUUGCCUAAGAUCAGACCUCAAGAUAUUGUGAUCGAGCCAGUGUCUGCUGGCGGGCCUAUUCGUCACCCUCGGGUUUUGUCCAAUACACGGAACCCACCUGGAUUUGUCCCUUACACACCGGCACCGCCAUCUGCCAGUCGUCGCACCCGCGAUCUCGCGGACCGCUUGACAUUGGCCUCUCCUAUCUCGCCGGUGCCAAUUAGUACACAGGGCAGCCUCUCUGCGUUGUCGUCACCAGUAACAAUUAUCCCUUCGUAUAAGCGCAAGGCAGGCGGGGCCCAUUCACGCUCGGUCUCAGCAUCUGUUAUUGAUGUCGCUAGCUUGGGUCGACUUGGGUAUCCCGCGUACCGGGAACUGCCAAAAUAUGUUCCUCAAAUGCAUGCUCAGACUACCCCAACCACCCCGGUCACCCCGGUCACCCCAAACAUCAUGCCCUACGCAUCAUACUCCCAAAGAAUGGGGGCCCAGCAUGGUCCUGCAGGUACUCACACUCCGUUGACAGUCCCAACACCUCGAUACAACUUCCACCAGGCAUCACCUGCCCAGCGUUCACCAGCCUUACUCAGUCCCAAGGAAGACAUGCCCCCACGGUCUACAACUCUUCUGUCAUACCUGACCCUACCAAUCCAACCAAUCAAUCUAGUCCGCAACGUGAGCGUAAUUCCAACUCGCGGCCUACACGAUUACUUCUGGUGGGACAUCCGCAACCUACGCAGCUGGAGCUCCUUCUCACUAGCGACCUUCGACUCCCUGGACAGCCGACUAAUCCAGCUCCUGAAGACCGAAAUUCCAGCAGAGCUCACUCCACACGUGGCUGUCCCACCAGCAAACCUAGCCCCAGAAUCUGAGCACGACCUAGUGAGCCUAAUCCGCGACCUCUACGCACCAUGCAUCAACGCCGCCCUCGCCGUCUCCCAAGGCAAAGACCACCUCCAACUCUACGCCGCCCCAGACGUCCGCAACACAGGCCACAAAAACCACGGCCACCCGCACUUCCUAGCAAACUACCUCUCCGACACAGAGCAAACAAGCGCCGGCCUCCCACGCGGCCGCCUAGUCGGCAUCGUAAAAAGCUUCGACCGCUGGAACACCGGCAUGCGCAACGAAGCCCCACACAGACGGGUCGAAUACCUCAACGGCCUCGCCCACCUCCAACGCUGCAUGCGCGAGCACUCCUGCCGCUACGGCUUUAUAAUCACCGAGAUCGAGCUCGUCUGCGUGCGAGCAGGCUGCGACACCGGCGACGACGUCCCCUACUUCGGGUACUUGGAGAUCGCGGCAUCAAUCCCACUCAAAACAGCAGGUGCUGCUGGAAAAAGCGCGCAUGCACAAGCGCGCGACGCACUCGCAACGCCCGUCAGCGAACGCUCUUUCUCGUCGUCGAGCAGUUCGUCAUUCGGCUCGCAGCAGGACUCGUCGGAGCCGGAGCCGGUUGAGGAUGCGUUGCCGGCUAUGACGGCCGGACUUGGGUUGUAUUUCUUAUUGAUGCUUUCGAAGUCGGUGCCGCUUCCGCAUCAGCCUUCUGCUCACCUCAACGUUGGCGGACCUGGUGCGAUGACUCGGCAGAGGAUUCUGGAGGGGAAGGAUAAGUGGAUUCCUGAGCCGCAGAUUGGGGAGAAGAGGGAUGCUAAGAGGGUUAGGGGGUGGGUUUGGCCUUUGGAUCCUUGGCAUCGGAGGGAGGGGGGUGCGUCUAGGGCGAAGCCUGGGACGAAGACGAAGAAAUGGCAUAAAUAA